GUGCCCUCGGAGCGGGCGGCGGCGCGAUGGCGCGGGUGGCGGCGGCCCCGGGGCGGCGGGCGGCGCGGAGGGCGGGCUGAGCGCAUGGAGCGGCGCGGGCCGGGGGCCGCCACGGCGAGGGGCCGGGCCAGGCCGGGCGGAGGCCAGGAUGGAAAGUUGUUGGUUGACCACUGCACUCCUGUGAUCACUGCACCCCUGCACUCUCCUUGGCUUUCUCAGCCCCUGGCCUCCAGAACCGCCUACGCCCCUACCUGGGCUACUCAGGCCAGAGCAACUGAGUUCCAGAUAAAAACUGUCAGACCCGGCCUGUAGGCUGCUCCAUUGCCAAUGAACUCCAUGAACCCCAUGAAACCUGCCCUGCCCCCCGCGCCACACGGUGAUGGUUCAUUCGCAUAUGAGUCUGUGCCUUGGCAACAAAGCGCCACUCAGCCGGCUGGAUCGCUGUCCGUGGUCACUACUGUGUGGGGAGUUGGCAACGCGACACAGAGCCAGGUUUUGGGGAACCCCAUGGGCCCUGCAGGGAGUCCCUCUGGCAGCUCCAUGAUGCCUGGUGUGGCAGGGGGCAGCUCCGCCUUGACCUCCCCACAGUGCCUGGGACAGCAGGCGUUUGCUGAAGGCGGCGCCAACAAGGGCUACGUGCAGCAAAGCGUGUACAGCCGCGGGGGCUACCCUGGGGCCCCCAGCUUCACCACCGGGUAUGCAGGCGGCCCGGGGGGCCUCGGCCUCCCCUCACAUGCUGCAAGACCCUCCACUGACUUCACGCAAGCGGCAGCUGCUGCGGCUGUGGCUGCUGCAGCAGCCACUGCCACCGCCACAGCCACAGCCACAGUGGCUGCUCUCCAGGAGAAGCAGAGCCAGGAGCUGAGCCAGUAUGGAGCGAUGGGGGCCGGACAGUCUUUUAACAGCCAGUUUCUGCAGCAUGGAGGUCCCCGGGGGCCUAGUGUCCCCACUGGCAUGAACCCUACUGGCAUAGGAGGGGUGAUGGGCCCCUCUGGCCUCUCCCCCAUGGCUAUGAACCCCACCCGGGCAGCAGGAAUGACACCCUUGUAUGCAGGGCAGCGUCUGCCCCAACAUGGGUAUCCUGGGCCUCCCCAGGCCCAGCCACUGCCCCGACAGGGGGUCAAGAGAACCUACUCUGAGGUGUAUCCAGGGCAGCAGUAUCUGCAAGGAGGCCAGUACGCACCCAGCACCGCCCAGUUUGCGCCCAGCCCUGGGCAGCCCCCUGCCCCCUCCCCUUCCUACCCUGGGCACAGGUUGCCCCUGCAGCAGGGCAUGACCCAGUCCCUGUCCGUGCCCGGCCCCACGGGACUGCACUACAAGCCCACAGAGCAGUUCAACGGGCAGGGCGCCAGCUUCAACGGGGGCAGCGUCAGCUACAGCCAACCUGGCCUGAGUGGGCCUACCCGUUCCAUCCCGGGCUAUCCCAGUUCCCCACUGCCAGGGAACCCCACGCCACCCAUGACCCCAAGCAGCAGCGUCCCUUACAUGUCACCAAGCCAAGAGGUCAAGUCUCCCUUCUUGCCUGAUCUCAAGCCCAACCUCAACUCCUUGCACUCAUCGCCCUCUGGAAGCGGGCCUUGUGACGAGUUGCGGCUGACCUUCCCUGUGCGCGAUGGGGUGGUCCUGGAGCCCUUCCGCCUGCAGCACAACCUGGCUGUAAGCAACCACGUCUUCCAGCUGCGAGACUCAGUCUACAAGACCCUGAUGCUGAGGCCUGACCUGGAGCUGCAGUUCAAGUGCUACCACCAUGAGGACCGGCAGAUGAAUACCAACUGGCCAGCCUCGGUGCAGGUCAGCGUCAAUGCCACGCCGCUCACCAUCGAGCGUGGCGACAACAAGACCUCGCACAAGCCACUCUACCUGAAGCACGUGUGCCAGCCAGGCCGCAACACCAUCCAGAUCACCGUCACCGCCUGCUGCUGCUCCCACCUCUUCGUGCUGCAGCUAGUACACCGCCCGUCCGUCCGCUCGGUGCUGCAGGGCCUCCUCAAAAAACGCCUCCUGCCUGCUGAGCACUGCAUCACCAAGAUAAAGCGGAAUUUCAGCAGCGGCACCAUCCCUGGCACCCCUGGGCCCAACGGAGAGGACGGAGUGGAGCAGACAGCUAUCAAGGUGUCCCUGAAGUGCCCCAUCACCUUCCGCAGGAUCCAGCUCCCCGCCCGAGGUCAUGACUGUCGCCACAUACAGUGCUUUGACCUGGAGUCGUACCUGCAGCUCAACUGUGAGCGGGGGACUUGGAGGUGUCCUGUGUGCAACAAGACAGCUUUGCUGGAGGGCCUGGAGGUGGACCAGUACAUGCUGGGCAUCCUGAUUUACAUUCAGAACUCUGACUAUGAGGAGAUCACCAUCGACCCCACAUGCAGCUGGAAGCCAGUGCCCGUGAAGCCUGACAUGCACAUCAAGGAGGAGCCGGACGGGCCGGCACUGAAGCGCUGCCGCACCGUGAGCCCCGCCCACGUGCUCAUGCCCAGCGUGAUGGAGAUGAUCGCCGCCCUGGGCCCCGGCGCUGCCCCCUUUGCCCCCCUGCAGCCCCCCUCAGUCCCUGCCCCCAGCGACUACCCUGGCCAGGGUUCCAGCUUCCUGGGGCCUGGAACUUUCCCAGAGUCCUUCCCACCCGCGACGCCCAGCACCCCAACCCUUGCUGAGUUCACCCCGGGGCCACCCCCCAUCUCCUACCAGUCUGACAUUCCCAGCAGCCUCCUGACUCCAGAGAAGUCUACCGCCUGCCUCCCAGGCCAGAUGGCACCAGCAGGUCACCUGGACCCCACUCACAAUCCUGGGACACCAGGACUACACACCUCCAACCUUGGGGCCCCUCCAGGUCCCCAGCUGCACCAUUCAAACCCUCCCCCAGCAUCCCGGCAGUCCUUGGGCCAAGCGAGCUUAGGACCCACAGGCGAACUGGCCUUCAGUCCUGCCACAGGCGUGAUGGGGCCCCCCAGCAUAUCUGGAGCUGGGGAGGCCCCGGAACCAGCUCUGGACCUGCUCCCAGAACUGACCAACCCUGAUGAGCUACUGUCCUACUUGGGCCCACCCGACCUCCCUACAAACAACAAUGAUGACCUGCUCUCUCUGUUUGAGAACAACUGAUCCUGUGUUUACCCCAAGCCCGGCGGGGACAUGCUCACAGAUGUCACCACAGCCCUGCCCUUAUGCCCAGCCCCAUGGGACACCCGGUGGUCUUUCCCAAACCUCCCCCAAAACACACCUGGAGCCACAGCCUUCUGCCACCAGCCCUGCCCCUGAAUUGGAAGCAGCCCUGUGCUCCAUUGGAGGGGCUCCCAGGCCGGCAGCCCUCGCCACCUCCCUCUACCAAGCCUGCUGCUGCAGAACGGUUUUUGCUGAGGUGCCCCUGCCCAGCCCUGUCCAGCCUUGUCCACACACACAUCUCACACCCCUGGUCUCACAGCCUCACACCUUGUCCUUCCACCCCUGCCUGCCCCCACCCAGCCUGCUUCUUGUCCAGCAUUGAUCCUUCUGUUUCAACAACUCCUCCACUGGGCAGAGCUGGGCAUCUGGCAGGGCUGGCUCUGUCACCUGGGCCUUUGGCUCCAGUGGCCCCUGUGCCCAGCAGUCCAGCUCUUGGAACCUCGCUGAAUGGCAGUCUCUUGGGGGCCUGGAGCUCUGGCAGCCCAGCCGUGUGUGGUGUCAGGUUCCUCUCCCCACUCCAGCUUCAAGCAGAGGCCUCGGGGUGGGGGAGCUACAAAGCACAACAAUGUACAUAGUGUAGAAACACUAACAGCUGGGAGAGGGGAGCCAGCUGUCCAGCCAGCAUGUUCCUGUUGUACAGCCCGGUCUCCCUGUGCUCUCUGCUCCUUCCCAUGUGCAGACAGAUCAGGGAGGAACCUCCAGUGGGUGGGGGACAGUGAGCUUCGGCCCGGCCGAGGUGGGUGGGUGGGCUCUCAGAUUCAGCUCUGUGUAAAGAUUCUCUAGCGGGCUGCGCUCCCAAGUUCCCCUUCUCUGUGAAAGUGAAGAAUUAGUACAGCUGUGUUUUUUAAAGCCACCUCUCUGUCUCCACCCCAUGGCCCCACACCCAGGUGGGGGAGGAGGAAGCCACUGCAUCUGUUGGCUCAGGGCCCCAGCCUGUGCGAGCAGGGCGCCUGGGCUGUUGUGUCUCCUGUCUGUGCCGAUCUCUAUUAAAGGACUCCCUCUUGGUGGGC